AUGGCUUCAGUGCAGGAUACAUAUGAAAUGGAAAAGAGAACAGACGAAGCUCUAGCCUUGAUCGAGCGUGUCACCAAUGAAGUCGUUGAACAUGAUGAUUGCUCAAGUGUGGAUGUAUUUGAACAAUGCGAAAGAGAACUUCUUGCCAAUGCUGAAUCUUUCGGUUUAGAAAACGAUGAACAAACACGUCGUUUUGCAAAUUUUAUUUCUAUCUCAACCAAUUUUGCAUCGAGUACUUUCACAAAACGAAUUCAAAAAGUGCCCACUCUCAUCAAAAGUAUUCAAAUACUACUCGGUGAAAUGCGUCGUGAAAUCAAAGAAUUCAAUCAAGUAGCUGAUCAGUUCGAAACAUUAGUCAAGUUCUUCUGUGACCUUGUCGAUGAUACCAAAAUGAAUACUAGUUUAGUUUUGCCGAAAAUGUUAGCUGCUAGUGAUCAUAUUCAUAUUCUAGCUGAUGUGCUCGAAUCCAAUGAUACUAACCGACCACUCAGUGAUGAUGAUAAACAAGAUGCUUAUCUAGCUCUCACUGCUCUGGCUACUGGUGUCAAAAAAAUGCUCGAGUUCGCAAAUGUUACAAAGAAUCAAAGCAAAGAAUUGAGAAAUCGUAUAGAAACUCUCAAAAGAAAUGUAAAAGAGCGGCGUGAAGUAGCAAAUAGCCGUAUCAGUUUAGCUGAUACAUUUCGUUUUCUUGCUCCUGUCGGUACAGGAACAGCGGCUGCUAGUACACUUUGUACAAUGAUUGCAUCUGCUGAGUUCGGUGGUGCUGGUGCUCUUGUCAUUGCUGGAGCUGUAUUGAAUCCAGUAAGUGCUGUUGUUCUUGCUACUCUAAUUGGUGGUGGAGCUGUGCUCGGUAUUGCAUCACUCGUACAUUAUUUUUGGACAAAACAUCAAAAGAAAGCAAUUGGUUUUCUUGAUCAAAUCUGUAAACAAAUAAUUGAACUGCAAAGAACAAAUGCCUAUUUUUAUGAAUGUCUUAGUAACAAUGAAACAGAAGUGAACAAUUUGAUUGAACAACUUGAUCAAAUUCUUCAUUCAAUCACAAGCGAUAGUCAGCGCUUUCGAAAUCGUAAUGCAGUUGUUUGUCGACGAACUCUGGAAGCAAUUGGAAAAACCAUUGAAUCAAUUGAGAAUAUCAAAAAGAUUAAUAUUUCGAACUGGCUUGAUACAGAAAAUUUGCCUCGUUUUCUCGAACGGUCGCUUUCUUUAUCAUUGACCGAAAAGGAUCAUCGAAUGUUAUGUUCUAGUAAUAUCGAAAGAAAGUGA